UGAGCGGGUUUCCUGUUUAUCGCUUCGAAGCGGGUGAAGGGUGUCUAAGGUUUGGGCUCGAGCGAAUCCAUUGAGAGGUAGACGAUUCUCUCUCUAUUUCAAAACUUUAAAACACAGCAAAACGUUCGUUGACUUGACAACAGAUUCGUUAAUGUCGCAAAGAUUAGUCUUGGGAGGUAAACUAUUACCGAAUGCACUCGAAAUCUCUUGAGUGUUCAAUAGGUGCCAGGUGUGUCCUGCUGAGGAGGACCCAGUGGAGGCAGCAGAGAGUACCCCUCAGACAGAGCCCAGAGAGGCUGCAUCACCCGACAUUGAACCGGAGGAACCCCAGGAGGAGCCAGAGCCCCAGAGGGCCUCUCCAUCCCCUCAUUCAAGCCCAGAGCCAGAGCGAUUCAAGACAGUAGAGCCUGAACCUAAACUAAAGGCCCAGGACGCCAAAGUAGCACUUGAACCGGUGACCCAACAACCACAGAAAGCAAAGUACUGCAACAAACCUAACACCACUACCAAGGAGGAGUGGAAGACUGUAGAGGAGGGCGACUGUGGUAUUAAGUAUUUGCUCAUUAUAAUACAACUGUUUUUAUGUUUGAAAUGAGAAUAUUGUAAUCACAUUUGAAUGCAUAUCUUCUAUCUUGGUUUGUAAGUCCCAUGAUGGACCUGGCCAAUCUUUUCUCUUCAGAGAAUGCAGUGACCACAACGUGUGUGUGCCUGAAUUUUGCUUGGGUGCGUGCAUUCAUGCUUUCUCACAGUGCUAUCUGGUGACAGACAAUGUGACUGAAGAAGCUCACGUCAGAGUGUUCAUUUGGAUGAGUGUUGUCUUGUGCUGCCUGACUGACGGUGCUGUGCUCUCCUCCCAGUCCCUGCCAGCUGCGAUGCAGUAAAGAGCUGUCUCAUGCGUAUCCCUCACUCGCCUGUGUGCCUCAACAGCUUCAAUAACCUGCUGAAAGAGUACAUCACCGCUCCUAAACUUCCCCCAUGCCCCAGCUCCCCACCAACCUCUCCCAGUUCACCUCCCAGGUCACCCAGCUAAUGCCCUCUCUCCCCCCAGAACUCUUCCAGAGUUCUUCCAGUACUCUCGGUCAUUCACCCAAAUGUCCCAACAGAUCUCUCAACUGCCCCAACAGAUGUCCCAACUGCCCCACCAGCUCCAAGUUUAAAUACCUCGGCAGUUACCUGGUCUACCCACCAACCUACUCCAGCAGUUAUCCAGCUUACCCCAAACCCUGGCCAAUCUUCCCAGCCAGAUAUACAACUUACCUCAGCGAGUGGGACAGUCCUACACCAACGUGCAGAACCGCCUGAACAGCCUUAAGCCCCAGGAUGCCUAAGCAGCAGCAGCAAAACCGGGACCUGGAGUUGGACCGCCUGGUCCGCCAGGUCCCUCUCCAACACCACCCUCCGACUCGCAGCCCCUCACUGUCCUCCCCCAACAGUACCCUAGAGAUGCCCAACGUGCCCUCCUACCCCCGCCUGCCACCCAUUAGCCUGUCCAGGCAGCUGUCAGGGCUUUUCAACCCCACCUUCCACAUCGAGGACGACCCCACGUCCGCUCUACCCUCAGUGAGCUCCAGGCUCAGUGUGCACCCAGCUGUCAGUGUGGAGGAUGUGGAUUCCGGCGGAGAGGGAGGAGGGGGCGGAGGGGAGCACCACCGCCACCACAUUCCCCAAAUCCUUACCCUACAGGACUCCAACUUCAAGACCCUGACCGUACCCGGAGUGUCCAAAACCAGCCGUCAGAGUAAAGUUGCUGAAAAAGAAAAGAAGUUGUACUCUCAGAGUGAGGAGGAUGAAGAGGAGAUGGAGAUCGCAGUGAGGGCAUGGCCUAGCCAGUCCAGCAUCCUUAGUGGAGACGAUGGGCUAAAGGAGCGCCCUGCAUCUUCCGCUAGCCAGGCCAGCUACGUGGUGAAUGAGCGCCUACAGGAACUGGUCAAGAUGUUUAAGGAGAGGACAGAAAGGGCCAAAGAGAAACUCAUAGACCCAGAUCACUCUGAUGAUGACAGUCCAACUGCCUCCCCUGCGAGAGCUCCAACACCACCUCCUGCGCCUCCAGAGGAGCCGAAGGAGGAGGAGAUAGAGGAGCAGCAACCCAGAUUAUGCUGCAAGGUGAUGCCUCCUCGCUGGAUCAGAGCUCUGCUGCACUACCGCUUCCCCGCUAGCAUCGACCCCUUCACCAAUCUGGUCUAUGUGCUGUGGCUGUUUUUCGUCACCUUGGCGUGGAACUGGAACAUGUGGCUUAUCCCGGUGCGCUGGGCCUUCCCCUACCAGACACCCAGUAACAUCUACCUGUGGCUAGUCACUGACUAUCUCUGUGACCUCAUCUACAUCCUGGACAUCCUGGUCUUCCAGCCCCGCCUGCAGUUUGUCCGCAGUGGAGACAUAGUGUUUGACAAAAAGGACAUGAGAGUGAAUUACAUGAAAACCUUCCGGUUCAAGAUGGAUGUCAUGAGUCUUGUUCCACUGGAGUUGUUCUAUUUUAAAACUGGGAUCAACCCACUCCUCCGCUUCCCACGACUACUAAAAAUAAUGUCUUUCUUUGAGUUCAACGACCGUCUUGAGGGCAUCCUUACCAAAGCCUACGUUUACAGAGUGAUCCGGACCACCACCUACCUGCUGUACUGCCUGCACUGUAAUGCCUGUCUGUACUACUGGGGCUCUGCGUAUGAAGGUCUGGGCUCCACGCAGUGGGUCUAUGACGGACAGGGCAACAGUUACAUCCGCUGCUACUACUUUGCUGUGAAGACCCUAAUCACCAUUGGUGGACUGCCGGACCCCACAACGCUCUUUGAAAUCAUCUUUCAGCUCAUAAACUACUUUGUUGGAGUGUUUGCCUUUUCCAUCAUGAUUGGACAGAUGAGAGAUGUGGUUGGUGCAGCCACAGCAGGACAGACGUACUACAGAGCAUGCAUGGACAACACUGUCAAAUACAUGGCCUCCUACCGUAUCCCUAAAGACGUGCAGAACCGGGUUAAAACCUGGUACAACUACACCUGGCAGUCCCAGGGCAUGCUGGAUGAACAGGAGCUUCUGGUUCAGCUCCCAGACAAGAUGAGGCUGGACAUCGCUGUGGAUGUCAACUAUGACAUUGUCAGUAAAGUGUCUCUCUUCCAGGGUUGCGAUAGACAGAUGAUAUUUGACAUGCUGAAGAGACUGAGGUCUGUUGUUUACCUCCCAGGGGACUAUGUCUGCAAAAAGGGUGAAGUUGGGCGGGAAAUGUACAUCAUCAAAGCCGGAGAGGUGCAGGUGGUGGGCGGGCCAGAUGGGAAGACUGUGUUUGUCACACUGAGGGCGGGAUCAGUGUUUGGGGAAAUCAGCUUGCUGGCAGUUGGUGGAGGGAACAGGAGAACAGCAAACGUGGUGGCUCAUGGCUUCGCCAACCUGUUCAUCCUGGACAAGAAGGACCUCAAUGAGAUUCUAGUGCAUUACCCCGAGUCCCAGAAGCUGCUCCGCAAGAAGGCCAGGAAGAUGCUCACUAAAGAUAAGAAGCCUCCGAAGGAGCCGGCCCAGGUGAUCCCUCCUCGAACAGUCACGCCCAAGCUAUUCAAAGCUGCUCUGGAUGUGGCGCAUCAGAAAACAGGCCUCAAAGGGACCCUCGCCAAGAUUAAGGAGAAGAUCAACAAAUCCAGCGUUUCUCUACAGCCCUCCAUGUCCUCCUCCCUGCCUCCCUUGUCCCCAGUCUCUCCAGUCUCCAGUCUGGACCCAGAGCGCAAGGCUGACGCCAUGUCACCAACCUUAGACAGCUCCACGCUGCUCUGCCCCGUCUCCCAUUGUCACAGAGAUGAGACACUCUCCAAGGAGCAGGGCCAAGUGGAGGGAGAAGUUGCAGGAGAGAGUGGGAAGAAGAAAGAAAAGAGAAAGGCAUGAGUUGUCUCCAAAAGCUUUAAAAGCUGUCUUCAUGUGGAGAAAGGGAUGCACUUUUAUGUCCCUCUGUACUCUACUGCAGAGAGGGAGACCAGAGAGAGAAGAGCCAUGGUUCCUAAAGAUCAUCCAAUUAUGUCUCAAGAGUCACAGACCCAGUUUCUGUUUCUUUAUACCCAUAGACUCUUCUUUUAGCUAACCCUUUGAUACUCAGUACACUGAGUUUACCAAAUUUGGAACACCUUCCUAAUAUUGAGUUCAACUGCCCCCUUUCACCCUCAGAACAGACUCAAUUUCUCAUGGCAUGGACUCUACAAGGUGUCGAAAGCAUUCCACAGGGAUACUGGCCACUGUUGACUCCAAUGCUUCCCACAGUUGUGUCAAGUUGGCUGGAUGUCUUUUGGGUGGUGGACGAUUCUUGAUACACACGGGAAACUGUUGAGUUUGAAACCCAGUGUUGCAGUUCUUGUCACAAACCGGUGCGCCCAGCAUCUACUACCAUAUCCCGUUCAAAGGCACUUAAAUAUGUUGUCUUGCCGAUUCAUAAUCUGAAAGGCACAAAUACACAAUCCAUGUCUCAAUUGUCUCAAGGCUUAAAAAUCCUUUAACCUGUUGCCUCCUCUUCAUCUACACUGAUUGAAGUGGAUUUAAUAAGGGAUCAUAGCUUUCACCUGGAUUCACCUGGUCAGUUUAUGUAAUGCAAAGAGCAGGUGUUCUUAAUAUUGUUUUGUAUACUCAGUGUAUAGGGCCUAGGUGACCUAAUUCCACAGGGAUGGAGAAACGGGUGCUAAACUGAUGUCUUUGAUAUUGCAGUAUAUGUUUGUGUUUACAAUCCCAGAGGUAAAUGUACCAAUCAGCAAUAAUUGACACAGACAUCAUCUCAUCAGGGGUAUGACAAGGUGGUCACCCAGGGUACAGCUGUGUGUGUGGGGGAGGUCCUCUCCAAGUCUUCUGUUCUGUCUGUUUUCGGAAAAACAAAUGCCUUCUAAACCCUAGUUUUUGUUCAUUUUAUUCCUUUUUUAAAAUGUAUUCAUUCAGUGAGUGUGAAUGGGAAAUACUAUAAAAAUGUUGGAAGCUGAGGAAAGAUUUUGAAAUGUUUACGUUUUGUAAAGAUGACCAGUUAUUUAUAGUUUUGUUCAAAGGAAUGUUAUUAUUGCCUUAUUUUUCAUGGCCCUUGAUAGUGUUCCUGGGGUGAAUGGGUCAAUGAUGUAUAUAUUUUUCAUGUUGAAAUGAGUGUACAAUUUUUACAAUGGUCAGCUUGUCAAUGUACAUAUUGUUUUGUAUGCAGAAAGGUAGAAGUGCAGCUAAUAAUUUAAUCAAGACUGGUAAACUGUCAAUCAUGAGUUCACCAUGCCAGACAAUCAAAGAUGUACUUUUAGUCGGCAGCUAUACCUUAUAAAAUAAUUUUGAAUUUAGCUGAACAAAUGACAGUUACAACAGCUUUUGACACUGAUGGGUAUGUUUAAAAUGACACGUAUGUUUAAAAUGACUGUUUUAUUAUUUAAAAAAUUACUAACUUGACAGAUCAGAAGACGACUCAUGUCCACAAUUUAUACAUGAACAGUACAUGUUUUUAAGUUAGAGGUUUUCUUAUCUGUUGGAUAUACUUUUUAAUCAUACUGUUAACCAAAUUCUGUUUUCAAAAUUUUGUAAAUAGGAAAAUACAUAAACCCCUGAAUGUAGUUUUUCAGGAAGCAAUGCAAGGUGUAACAUAAUUGUAUAGAUCCUAAAUUCACCAAUGGAAUACAUAGGGUCUAUAAACCAGCUACCGAAACUGCCAGACAAUGUGUAGCUUGUAUGUGAAUAUUGUUAUGUUAGUAGUUGAUUACAUUCUUUGUGUAUAUGGUGUAGGUGACAAAAGCUGUCAUGCAACAGAUGCUGAGAAAAAAACUUUUGUGAUACACCUGCUUUUAAUAGAUGGGUUAGCUAACGAUGUUCACGCUUCAAUGGGGCAGAAGUCCAUGAGUUGUUGUGAUUCUGGAUCGCCAGGUAGCUACCAACAAUGACAAGAAACUGCCAUGUGGAUAAUCGCGAGUGACCUGUUUCAUCUUGUUCUUGAUGCCAUGUCUUGUUUUGGCUGAUUUCAUGUCAAUGCUAAUAUGGCUCAAAUUCACUACCUAGCUAACCAACAACAGUUAUCAAAUGCUCAUUGUGCAAAUAUAUUUAUGUUUUCAAUAAACAUUGGAGACAAUAUAGUUUACAUUGUCAACAAUUUAAGCCAA